CACGCAGGGCGAGGGCGAGGGCGAGGGCGAGAUCGUCGAAGAAAUCGAGAACGGGGGAGGUCGCCGGGAGAGAGAGAGAGAGAGAGAGGGCGGCCAGAGAGAGGCAGAUCCGAGCUCACAUCGAGUCUGCGGCCGUCCUGACCCGCCAGCAUUUGAUUUUCUACUUCUGUGGUCGCGUCGAGGUGCUCUGACUUUUCCUCCUCCUCCUCCUCCUCCUCCUCCUCAUCAUCAUCCUCCGUCUUCCUUCGCUCGCUCGUUCUGCCUUUCGGUCGAUCCAUCGAGCUAGCGGAGUGGCCCGUGGCCCAGCGGAGGCUGGCACUCGAGAGGGGACAGCCGGGGGCGGAGGGACGCAGGGAGGCCCGUCGCUGCUGCUGCUAAUUCGCAGGCUCCCCGUCGGUCCUGCCUCGAGCCUCGUCGCGGGGAGAAUUGCCCUGGAAGGCAUUUGAGGGAGGACGGAAGAAGAUCACUGUCACACGAGAAGCCUGCUUCGCUCGGCGAUCACCAUCCUCAUCCUCAUAUCCUCAUAACGGAGCUGGGGUACUUCGGACUUUGUGCAGCUGGGGCUGGGGCUGGGUCGGUGGAGAGCUGGUGCGCACUUCCUGAUCCGGAGAAGCUCGCGAGUCCGGAGCCGCAGGUGAUCGAAUUGGACCUGUGCUCACGUCGUAUGGUGCAUGUUGGUGCUAGAAGGGCCUCAUUGACGACUUCGGCGUGAACCUCCUUCGGUUGCUGCGAGUCCCAGCUCAGUGCCAUCGAGAAUCGUCUAUCGGAGGCCGGUCUUCUUGUUGGGAUCCUCAUUGCGAUUCAUGAGGACUUAGAAUUGGACCCGGGGAGGAGAAUGCUGCAUGGGGCCUCAGCUUGGUCUCAAAUUAAGUCUUCGACUUUUUCCGGAUGAAAUUUGCUUUUUCAAGACGCACCAGGAACGUCGUUCGCGCUCAUCACUCGCCCAAUUGAACGUGCUUGUACAGGACAAUCAUGAAGAUGGGGUUGAAAGGCAAGAAACAUACGCAAGCUGGUGGGACUCGAAGCUACUCUUCGGGGUUUUCCAUGUGGAGCAAACUUCAGCCGAAGAGGACCAAAAGCAGAGACUACUACAACUACUCGGACGAAGAGUCUACUUCUUACAGUGGCGAGCUCAGCCAUUCGCAGUUUAAUGGCCCGUUCUCGAUGCACGAAGUAGCGAAAGGAGAAACUCAGAAAAUCCAAAACAGAUGGCUUUUUGGCAACGUCCUGGACCCUCAAAGCAAAAGCAUUAAGAGAAUUAACCGCAUAUUUCUUCUGACCAGUUCCUUAGGUAUGUUUAUAGAUCCAUUAUUCCUUUAUACAAUUACAAUCAACAGCAAAUUGGCAUGCCUUCACGUCGAUCAAGGCUUCGCGACUGCAGUCACCGUGCUUCGUUCUCUAGUGGACGCUAUGUACUUAUGGCACAUAUGGUUACAAUUGAAGCUGGCGUACGUGUCGAAACAGUCACUUGUACUCGGUGGAGGCGAGCUCGUAUGGGACGCUCGUGAUAUUGCGAUGCAUUAUCUCUUUGCAUUCGAAGGCUUCAUAUUUGAUCUGUUCGUGAUUCUCCCCAUACCUCAGGUCAUGAUAUGGAUAAUUGUACCAAGCAUUAUCAGCAAACAAGGAGCGAUUACAUCAAUCAUGCCGUACAUGUUAGCCGGAUUUCUGUUCCAGUACAUACCAAAGGUCUUGCACCUAUUCUUGGUCGUUCAGCGCAUGCAGCGUGUCACAGGUUAUGUGUUUGGCACCGCGUGGUGGGGAUUUGCCCUCAACCUGUUCUGCUAUAUUGUUGCUGCCCAUGUUGCCGGUUCUUGCUGGUAUACUCUGGGAUUGGAAAGAAUGGAGCAAUGCCUGGAAAAACAAUGUGCUCUCACGCCCAGCUGUAGCAUCGAUUAUGUGGGUUGUCCGAAGCCGGUUUCUUUCCUGGGAAAGCAACCGUAUACCAAUUCAGCAUUUCUUGCAUGGGGAGCAAGUUCAAAUGUUGUGGACAUUUGCUUCAGUCAAGAUGGAUCCAUGGUAUGGGGUAUAUACAAUUGGGUGGUACCGCUGGUGACAGAUACAAACGGUUUCCAAAAGAUCAUUCUUCCUCUGUUUUGGGGUAUCAUGACUUUGAGUUCAUUCGGGAACGCACUUACUCCCAGCAAUCACCUCGUCGAAGCAAUAUUCUGCGUUUUAGUCGUCACAUGUGGACUUUUGUUAUUCACCAUGCUCAUCGGAAACAUUCAGGUAUUUUUACAUUCGUACACAUCGAGGAAGGAAGCGAUGCAGUUACAAAUGAGAGAUUUGGAAUGGUGGAUGAGACGGCGCCAGCUGCCUACCCGAGUCAGGCAACGCGUCAGGCAAUUCGAACGACAAAAGUGGGCUGCUACUCGCGGUGUGGACGAGGCAGCUAUGGUCUCGGAGCUCCCUGAAGUGCUGCGACGAGACAUUAAGCGUCACCUUUGUGUAGAUCUAGUUCGCCAGGUGCCGCUCUUCGAUCAAAUGGAUGAUCUCGUAGUGAACCAAAUUUGCGAACGUUUGAAGCCCAUGCUCUUUGUCAAGAGAGAAACAGUGGUGAAUGCCGGUGACCCUGUGUUACGGAUGAUGUUCGUGGUACGAGGAUUCAUCCAAAGUGAAUAUCGUAUGAAGAAUGGGAAUACAAGCUGCUGCGUACUGGGGCCCGGCACUUUCUGUGGUGACGAACUGCUGUCGUGGUGUUUCAAGAAGCCGCCGGUCCAAAGGUUCCCACCGUCGACAUGCACUUUGAGAACCCUGAGCAACUGCGAGGUAUUCGGAUUCGAAGCUGAUGAUCUGAGAUACAUCACCGAGCACUUCCGCUACAAAUUCGCGAACGAGAAGUUGAAGAACACGGCUCGAUAUUAUUCGUCGAAUUGGAGAACGUGGGCCGCUGUCACAGUCCAGCUCGCUUGGAGGAGAUUCAAGAAACAGCGGGACGAGAGGAAGGAGAGGGAGAAGUCAGGCCUCCUCUACACGGGACUCAAUAACCCGGCCCCGGAAGAAGUGACCCAGAGAACGUCUUUGGGCAUGACCGAGAAGGAUCGCCUUCGAUUGUACACAGCCAUGAUCACUUCACCGAAACCCCAAGAUCAUUUGGAGUGACCCCAAUCCAGCCACCAUCGAAAACCAUCAGUGGAGAAUUGUGGGUGACGGCCAUCGUUCACUCCAAAUGUACAAAGCACCUCCAAGUGGGUAGUUGCUACUAUGUAUGCAUCCCAAUUUUGUUAAUGCCUUAGUUUAGGUAGAGUGAUAGUGUUUUGACGAAGACAGUGACGAAGAGGCAAGUGUCCUCUCGCAUCCAAGGCAGUGGAUGAUCUACUGCAUUGUAUACUACAAAAACAUUGUACUGCCUGGUAUAUAACAUAGACUUAAUUAGUACAACUUAAGUGCAGUAGAUUCUGUGGAUUUUGUGUCAUAUUCUGAACUCGUUCGCUGCGUAAUUCGAGCGACGCAACCUCGCUCUGCUUCAUUUAUAUUAAACAUUUUCGACUUGAAACGUUCAUAAAUAAAAUCUCGCCUGAUGUCCAAACCAGCACUUCAGG